AUGUCAUUGGUGGACCUGAAUCUCACCAAUAAAUAUUUACAAACCGAUGUUGCGUCGCCGAGUCAUCCUAUUUCUAAUUUCACUUUGAGACCGGAUGAGCUAGAACUAGCGGUUGCGAAAGCAGCUGUACAACUCAUCGGGAUAUCCAAUGAAGGACUUCGAUCUAGCAUCGGGAUGACCUAUGUCGAUGAGGAAUUUUUUGCCCUCCGCCUCAAUUUGUCGUUUGCGGUAUCUGCAUCAGUGAUCAUGUUAAGACUGGCGCUACACAUGACACGAGUGUUCAAUGCAUCGCGCGACAGUUGGGCUGCCAUUCCUAAGAUAGGCAUACUGCAACUCUUGUGGUUGGGUCAUCGUUCAACCUCUAUCAAUGAGGCUCUGGAAGAUGUGGAGCACCCGACAGAGGCCAAUCUGCGUCGAGCGAUCAUGACGAUGGGAUGUGAUUUGGGUUCAAGAAUAGUGGGCUGGCGAACUGCUGCUUAG